CAGAAGUCGAGUUUGCGUAUAAGUCGCUUCUCCUCCUCUGCAGUAAAUGGAUCAUGACUCGGUUUCAUAUUGGCAGUAUCGUCCUCCAUCUUCUCAAUCUCCUCCGCCCUGUCAAUCUUUGUGUCGUCAAGAGUUUCCAUCUCGCGAGGCUCCAUGGUAAUAGAACAAUCUGCUGUGUAGUUGUCUUGCUGCUGCAUGGUAUGCAUUGCGAUAUUCCAGCUAGUUCUCGCUGCCAAGCGAUGAAGACGUUUUAUAAUAUUGAUCCGUUAGGCGUAGCUAGCGUAUAGCUUAACAAGUAGCUGAUUCUGUCUCGGCAAAUUUUGUAACGCAAGGGAAAUGCCGGUAUUAUGACAGCCCCCGCUCUUUUCCUUGAUGGCCUGUCAUGUUGCCUAUCCUUAAGGACAACGUAAGAGGAGAAAAUUUUGUGGUGAACCGCCAUGGUAGAUGGUCAAUGUGAAGAAAUAUUCGGCAGAAAUCGAACGCGACUAUCGAUUCUUAAUUGCCGAAUUAGCCGUUCUAGCUCGCGACAACAACUUCGUCGCUUGGCGCCGAAAAGUUGGGGUUUGUGGCGUAGCUGGGGAUUCUUCAUCCGGAGUAAAAGUAAGCUGGAUCGACUCCCUGCAUUCAUCUUCGUUUUCUGCCGGCGGCAAACUUCUUCCCCAGAUAUUUACUUAUCUUUUACCGAUCAUGGAAUCUGGGGAUGGCCCAUAUGUGACGCGGCCCAGCAGCAGCAACCUAUGGGGCAGCAGUACUGCGGGUAUAGCUGCUCCACGCAAUCGUUCACGCGUUGCUUGCCAAGCCUGUAAUCAGCGAAAAGUGCGUUGUGAUGUGGUUCACACUGGCGGUAACCCAUGUUCAAAAUGUCAGCGAGACGGGGGAUCUUGCGUGAUUCUUCCUCGCAAAAAGCAUCGACCUCGGAGGAAAAAGGGCGAACAACUGCCGUUAUCGGAUAUAAACCGAGGCGAUUCUGGAAUCUCAUACCCAAAGACUGCUGCUACUGGCAGGCUGUCAGAGCCGCCCAUUGAUGCUAUACAAGAAGAUGAUUAUGGCCAAGCCGCGCCGGAGGCAGCUUUGCCAGAAGACACCUCAUUCACUUACAUCGGUGAUAGACGCGGCCCGCGUCACUCUGUAUAUGACCUUUGUCAUCCUGAAUCUCCCGAAGAAACCUUGCAUAUACCCCCCGUUAUAUCUACAACAACAUCUCACAAACCUCAUGAGUUGGAAUACAUGCGUCUUCAAGGCGUCUUUUCCAAGCUUCCAGAUGAGGUGUGCGACGAGCUGAUACGAUGCUACUUUCAGCAUGUUCACUUCGUCCUCCCGAUAAUUGAUGCGCCUGCAUUUCUCAACGAUUACUGCAGCAAUGGCUCUCGGAACAUCAGCCUAUUGCUUUAUUGGAGCAUGCUAUUGGCCGCGGCAAAUUUUGUCGAUACAGAUGUCUUGCGAAAAGCAGGUUUCGCUAGUAGGAAGGCGAUGAAAACUGCAAUGUAUGAACGCGCCAAAUGCCUCUAUGAUGUCGAUCGAGGAACCGACAAGCUGGUGCUCAUUCAGUCAGUCAUUUUAUUGGGUUUCUGGUAUACUGAUCCGCAAGAUCACACUGGAGCUUGGUACUGGAUAGGCAUUGCCAUUUCUCUGUCCCAAAAUAUCGGCCUCCAUAGAUCUUCUCGCUUGAGGGGCCGUACAAAGAAACCGCCUUCAACAGCGCGAGAGUCUCUGAUGCGUCGCAUAUGGUGGGCAUGUGUUGUCAGAGAUCGAUGGGUGUCUUUGGCUCGGGGUCGUCCAAUGCGAAUUCACAGCGAAGAUUGUGAUACCCCCUUUCCUGUGGUAGAGGACGUUUUGAACGAGCUAGAAUCUGUCACAAACCCAGGAAGUGCCAAAUUUAUUCCCACCGAUUCGAGAGCUCUGGCAGAGAUGUGGAUUCGGCUUGUAAAGAUAUCCGAUACUCUGGGAAACAUCUUGAGAGUUCAUUAUCGUGUGAAUGGGAUUGUACCUACAAUGGCGGAGAUUGACAAAUAUGCACAAGAGCUGCAAUCGUUGGCGCAAGACGAAGUGGCCUCGGGGGACUCCAGCGAGGAGCUAAGCAUUCAUGCGCAUCAGAUCGAUUUAUACUACCAAGCUUCAAUUGCAAUACUUUACCGGCCAUACGCCUUGAGUCGAUCCAGCUCUCUCCCGGUUGGGGCACAUUCCCACUGGAGACAAACGGCUACAAGCCGAGCUCGUGAAGCUGCAUCGCAUACAAACGGGUUGCUGCAGAGUCUCAUUGAGCUUGAUGCUAUACGAUACUUGAAGCCAAUGAUAAUAACGGCAAUGAUUCCUGCUAUGCAGAUUCAUCUAUACGACUGUAAAUCAUCCAAUUCUUUAAUCCGCGGUCUUGCAGAGAACAAACUUCAGCUUCAUAUGCUUGUGCUAUCAAAUUUGAGAGGGACGUACUGGAGCGCCGAUGUCAUGUACCGACUGUUUGAACGGGCUCAGACGAUACUAAAGAAAGGGAGUUCCCAAGCAUCAAAAAAGGAUAAGAACUCGGACAGUCAUCUCAGCCAUGUAGCUAUCUCUGAGAGCACUGGUGACCGCAGUUUUAUGCAUGCUCAACAACAAUUGCAGUUACAGCCGUCACCAGCGCCACAACAGCCUCAGCCGAAUGGCAUCUCUAUGCUCAUGACACCAGAGGCCGCAAUGAUGAUGAGCGACCAACAACCAGCCAACCCCUGGUUUAGCGAUUCCCCGCACUUUAGCGACGUUGACCAGCUACUUAGUCCUGACUUUUACCUCUCUGAGGAUGUUUUUCCGGACUUUGUUCUUGGCUACGAAAACAGUGCCGUCUACGGCCCGCUUGUUGUGGGAUCAAGCAAGAUGAGUGACGGGAUUCUACGAUAAUGUGUAAUAUAUUCUAGUUUAGUGCAUCAGACUCUCUUUUCUCGUCUUAAUUACCAGCAAUAAUAAUAUCUAGAUUACGAGAAAUGAUGUGGUGACUCUAUAGAAGUAGAGUCAUGUCAUUUCUGGCAUCAUGGGAGUGCGAGAGCACAUGAAACCUACCUCCGCUCUACGAGAAUGCUUGGAAGAUGGUAUCUAUUGUUGAGAAAAUUGCGAUACUAUUGAGCUAUAAAUACCAAUGUAAUAGAUUGUGG